UCUUUAUGCAAACAAUCAAUCAUCUUCCGGAUCAGAACUCAGGUUUUGACUCCAAGAAUUUUCUCGAAUCAGGCUUCUCCUUGUCGAUUGGAAUGAAACAAUGUGGAAAAUUUUAAACGUGGGUUGUGGACUGACAUGAUUGACCACUGAUACAAUCGUAGUCGUCAUGACUACCAUCAUCCAAAUCCACUAAUUCUUCUUCUUCCUAUAUAUACAUUCUAACCUGAUUCCCACUGUACAACCCCACCUUCUCCCUCUUCUUCUUCCCCACAACUCCACUCUGUAUGGCCCUUGUUAAAGAAAUCAUGGGUUCUUCCAUGACGGAAAAAUCUCCGUUUCUUGCUUCCAAUGUUCUAAAAACCAUCAAUCACAACCAGAAUCAGUUGUAUCUGAACCCACUUUUUGUUCCGAUUGAUAACUCCAGGUCCGCCCAAUUCAGGAAAAAGAUUCCAAGGAGGACUCCAGUGGUGGUGGCUGCUAUAAGUGAAGAUUUGGCGAAAUUUGUGAAAGCCGAAAAGGCGGUUACCUUUAAGGUGAGAGCUGUAUUGACUGUUCGAAACAAGAAUCAGGAAGAUUUUAAAGAGGCGAUUGUCAAGAAAUUUGACGCUUUUGCUGAUCAGAUCGGGAGAAAUGUUGUUUUGGAGCUUUACAGUACUGAUAUUGAUCCAAAAACAAGGGCUCCAAAGAAAAGCAAAGAAUCUGUGUUGAAGGAUUGGUCACAGAAAUCAAACCUCAAAUCUGAAAAGGUUAAUUACACAUCUGAUAUAUUGGUGGAUUCAGAUUUUGGAAUUCCAGGAGCCAUUACCAUCACUAAUAAGCAUCAAAAGGAGUUCUUUUUGGAGAGUAUCACCAUUGAAGGAUUUGCAUGUGGUCCUGUUUACUUCCCUUGCAGUUCUUGGGUUCAAUCCACUAAUGAUCAUCCUAAGCCCAGGAUUUUCUUCUCUAAUCAGCCGUAUUUGCCUGAUGAGACUCCGGCCGGGUUAAAAGUGUUAAGAGAGAAAGAGCUCAAGGAUUUAAGAGGUGAUGGCAAAGGAGUGAGGAAGUUAUCGGAUCGAGUGUAUGAUUAUGAUGUUUAUAAUGAUCUGGGAAAUCCUGACAGAGGAAACGACUUCAUUAGGCCGUCACUUGGAGGUGAAAAGAUCCCGUAUCCAAGGCGGUGUCGCACUGGCCGUUUACCUAGUGAUACUGAUAUUUUAGCUGAGAGUCGAGUGGAGAAGCCUUUUCCUUUGUAUGUUCCGAGAGACGAACAAUUCGAAGAGUCGAAGCAAAAUGCAUUCUCAACAGGGCGGCUAAAGGCGGUGCUACAUAAUCUGCUGCCGUCAAUGGUGGCCAGCAUUUCGAAGAAACACGACUUCAAGGGGUUCUCACAGAUCGAAAGUCUCUAUAGUGAAGGAGUCCAUUUGAAACUAGGCCUUCAGGAUGAUCUCUUAAAGAAGCUUAGAUUGCCAAACUUAGUGACCAGACUCCAUGAGUCUAGCCAGGGUGGUGGCCUUCUAAAAUAUGAUACCCCCAAGAUUCUUUCCAAGGACAAGUUUUCAUGGUUACGUGAUGAUGAAUUUGCUCGCCAAGCACUCGCAGGGGUCAACCCUGUCAACAUAGAAAAGCUUCAAGCUUUCCCACCAGUGAGUCGACUCGACCCUGAUAUCUAUGGCAGACAAGAGUCCGCCCUCCAAGAAGAACACAUUUCAGGCUACCUUAACGGCUUGACCGUCCAGCAGGCUAUGGAGGAAAAUAAGCUAUUCAUAAUCGACUACCAUGAUGUAUACAUACCAUUUCUUGACCGAAUAAAUGCACUUGAUGGGCGUAAGGCAUAUGCAACUCGCACCAUAUUUUACUUGAAUCCAUCCGGCACGCUUAAGCCCAUUGCAAUCGAGCUUAGCCUACCACAGGCUCUACCUGGUUCACAAUCAAAGCGUGUGGUCACACCGCCAGUAGAUGCCACCAGCAACUGGACUUGGCAACUGGCUAAAGCCCAUGUCUGCUCUAACGACGCUGGUGUGCACCAACUUUCGAACCACUGGUUACGGACACAUGCAGCCAUGGAACCGUUUAUAUUGUCUGCACACAGACAAUUGAGCGCUAUGCACCCGAUAUAUAAGCUUCUGGACCCACAUAUGAGAUAUACGCUAGAGAUCAACGCCCUUGCCCGCCAGAACCUCAUCAAUGCCGAUGGUGUCAUUGAGCAAUGCUUCACCCCUGGCCGCUACUGCAUGGAAAUAAGUGCGGCUGCGUAUAAACAUUGGCGCUUUGAUUUAGAAGGCCUCCCAGCUGAUCUCAUUAGAAGGGGUAUGGCAGUUCCCGACCCGAGUCAGCGACAUGGUCUGAAACUCCUAAUCGAAGACUACCCGUAUGCUUCUGAUGGGCUCUUAAUUUGGGAAGCCAUACAAAACUGGGUUCGUACUUAUGUAACCCGAUACUACCCGGACUCAUCGGACGUCUGUAACGACCGAGAGCUCCAAGCAUGGUAUGCGGAGUCGAUCAAUGUGGGCCACGCGGAUCUCCGUGACAAGAACUGGUGGCCCACAUUGGCCAAUGGAGAUGACCUCACCUCCGUCCUGACUACCAUCAUUUGGCUCUCGUCAGCCCAGCACGCGGCUCUUAACUUCGGCCAGUAUCCAUACGGUGGCUACAUACCAAACCGACCUCCGCUUAUGCGCCGGUUGCUUCCUGACGAAAACGAUCCCGAAUACACGAGCUUCCUCGAUGAUCCACAAAAAUUCUUCCUCUCGGCAUUGCCAAGCAUGUUGCAAUCGACAAAAUACAUGGCAGUGGUGGAUACGUUGUCUACUCACUCACCUGAUGAGGAGUAUAUCGGCGAGCGACAUCAGACGUACACAUGGUCUGGGGAUGCGGAGAUGGUGGAAGCGUUUUACGGGUUCUCGGCAGAGAUUCAGAGGAUAGAGAAGGAGAUCGAAAGAAGGAAUAGGGACACAGGUCUAAAGAAUCGAUGUGGUGCUGGAGUUCUGCCGUACGAACUUCUUGCACCGAGUUCACCGCCUGGUGUAACUUGCCGAGGGGUUCCAAACAGUGUGUCUAUUUGAACCCCUUUCGGCGCAUAUUAAGUUAGUUAUCUUGUAAUGAGGUUGUUAUUAAGUUGUAAGUUAGAUAUGUUGAUCGAAUGUAAGAUCUUGCCCGUUUUGUAUAAAACAUAGGACGAUCGAGUUUAACUAACCCGUCUAGUAUCUUUAACGUUAGCCUUUGUCAUAAAAUAAGCAUCCGUAUUUCUAUUUUAAAA